AUGUGGCGGGACCGAACCAAUCUCUUUAUAUCCUACCGCCAGUCCUACUCCCACCACCCCCAGAAGAAGACGCGCUAUGGCGGCCCGGGUUCCAAUGGCUUCGGUGAUGGCAGACGCAUGUCCGAGGAGCGGCAGGGGCUCAUGUCCAGCGGCGCAUACGACGACGACGGCGAUGCGGUGAUUGAGAUGGACCUGCUACCUCCACGAUGGCUGGAUAUACAAGACGAGAUCACCGAACACCUCGCCGAGAUAGCCAAGCAAACACGCAAGCUCGACCAGCUACACCAGAAGCACGUGCUGCCUGGCUUCGACGAUGAAGAUGUAAAGAAGCGGGAAGAGCGGGAAAUUGAGCAGCUCACCCAGGGCAUCACACGCCUCUUCCAAAAGUGUCAGCUAGCCAUCAAGCGCAUAGAGACCAUGGUGCGCGAAGCAAAGCAGCAGGGCAACAUCAACCAGGGCGAGGAAGUCAUGGCACAGAACCUCAAAAUCUCGCUGGCUACCCGUGUGGGCGAAGUGAGCGCCAUGUUCCGCAAGAAGCAGUCAGCCUACCUGAAGAAACUACGUGACCUUGGUGGCUUCACCUCGCCCUUUCGCUCCGCAACACCUGUGCAGAAUCCUUACAACGACCCUGCCCUGCAAGAGUCCGACGCCGACCGCUCCUUUUCGCAAUCUACCCUCCUCCAAACAAAGCAACAGCGCAUGCGCCAUGACCCCAACGAAGCAAUAAUAGCCCAACGUGAGCGCGAAAUCGAAGACAUUGCCCAAGGUAUCAUUGAGCUAGCAAACAUCUUCCAAGAGCUGCAGACCAUGGUCAUCGAUCAAGGUAGCAUGCUGGACCGCAUAGACUACAACGUGGAGAACAUGUCGCGAGACGUCAAAGAAGCGGAUAAGGAGCUCAAAGUAGCUUCAGGAUACCAGAAGCGAACCAUCAAGAGGAAGAUCAUGCUACUACUAGCUAUCUUGAUUGCAGGUGUAUUCAUACUAUUAUCGCUCAAGUUGAGCAGGAAAGGAGGAAACGAUGCGCCGGUCGCUCCGCAAGUACCAGACGUUCCACCGGCGGCAUAUUCUGGGUUCUUUCCAGGACACCGGAGCAACCGACUCUACAUCAUGAACAUCAAGGAAAGCAAAUUUUGGCCUCCAUUCUACAUCAAGCCCAGGCAUCCAGGGCAGUGGCCCUUCAGCGAUGACGUUACCACAUGGAUCUGUCGGCACGCAGGCAGAGAGGCCAGUGCCAUGCUCUAUGUUGCUCUACACAAGAACAGGGCAGACGGUAAAGACGUAAACGCAGCCUUACAAGCUGUGUAUCACGAACCAUUCACCUACUGGGACUGGCAUGGGGUGGAUGCUGAAGACGAAAGUGCUUCGAAACACAAGCAACAACUUGUUUGGGAACGUCAACGAGGCUUUACGACUGCCAAUGGUGAGGAAUACGGAUACCCAACCCCCAAGGACGCAUGGCUACGAUUCCGAACCCUGAUCGAUAGCAAUGCGGAGAGAAGACGUUGGGUUAAGAAGUUUGCGGUGGCGCAUUGGAUGUCUGUGGAGGAUAUGUCGUGGAUAUUUCAAAACCUGCCAUCGCUUGAAGCCCUGGGCUUGAGCGACAUUGCACUUUCGACGGUCAAGCCGUACAAGGGCUAUGCAAAAGAACCCCCAGCAACUUUGACUGAUACAUGGGCACUAUUAUUUGACCGCAUGCCCGAGGAAUGUCCCGCAAAAGAGACCGCGCCUCGACUAAAAUGGCUUGGCCUUACAGAUUUUCGAGAUGCCUCACUUGUCGCUCCGCGGAUCCUGCUCAAUAAGUUCCUGCCGAUUUGUACCAACCUUCAGACUCUCUCCAUCCGUGGAGAAUAUAGGGAAGAAAUUCCACCGCCAAGCCUUAGUGGACAUGAAUACGUUUGCGAAUUCAUCAGAGUUAUUACGACAUACACACCAUCUAGCGUUACUGCUCUUGAACUCCGACUUUCCAUCUCUUUCCUGCGUGAGCUACUCAUCGCUCUGCACGCAGAAGACAAGCUUAAUAUAGACCAUGUAGGGCUUGAUCUUGGAGCUUGGGUUCAGGUAUACCCUCUCAGGAUUACGUCCAAGGAGAUACUAGACAGCGAUGUGGUAUCGGCAGCUUCGAAGGCGGCUCGGAAAACUCGUUUUGAUAUUUACGAACAACAACACAACAAAGUUCUGUCUACAUCCUCAAAAUGGCUUUUACCAGCAUCAGAAGAAGACCCCCUUGAUAUAUCAGAUGUUUCGGGUUCUCCUGAACACGCGACAUUCGAAAAGCUCGAUGCAAGGCCUACAUUCCAGCACGAGCCUUAUAACGCUAGGGGAGGAUUGAAUGUCAUGAACCCGAAGCACCACGAGAAUCUACUCAGAGACCUCAAGAAUGCCCAUGUCAACACUCUGCCGACAAUGUUGGUGAAGCUGUACGACGCGGGUCAAACAGCCGCAUCACAGAACUACAACAUGUAUCCACUACAACCUGAAUGGCAGGUCAAUAGUACGACUCCUCUUCAUCCCUACACUUUGAUUCAGAAGCGUCCAUUCUUUCCCUCUGGAACAAAACCUAUUGCGCGGGGUGAGGACUACGAGGAGCCGCUAUCAAGUCGACUUUCAGAAGCUUAUGCUUGGCUGAACACGACUUUUGCCUGGCGGCCCAUCUUUGACUUGGACUACUUUGUAAGGCUGGAUGUUGGGAACCGGAAGGAAAACUUGGACGCUGCGUUCAAGGAUAUAGCAUAUCAACAUGGAGUCGAAGAUACGACUACCUAUAACAAAGACGUGUUCACAGCUGAAGUUGCCAAGCAAUAUCAGAUCAUGCGAAAAGCUGGCAUACCGAUCCACAUCCUUCUGGGCCGUCGCCAUUCUGAAGAAUCGAGUCUGUACUGGGGCUGGCCUUACAGCCCAGAUUCGUGGGAGCAAUCGCUCAAGAAGCCACUUGAUGCCAGCUUGGGGUUAGUAGCGGCUCAAAUCGAUAAGUUAAACAUCUUCUACGACCUACGUAACCCCCUGGAUGAGCGGCGUCUAGAAGAAAUCGAUAGACGACAACCGUAUUGUCGACCUGAAGCAUGUUGUCCUCGUUCAGUCGACCCCUGGCGCAGCACAAAGAAUAGCCCGUUUAAGAAGCAAUGGCAAGAUCGGCCAUCACGGGUAUCUAAGCCUAACACCCAGAAGACGGCGAACAAAAAGCUCAUUGGAAAGAAAUACCAUGUCCCAUUAGCCAGCAAUCUCGCCUCGUGUCCUCCAACCGGUGAGUACGCCGACGAACACUUAUAUGAUGAUUCCGAGCACGAAAAAUCUAUCCUAGAAACCCUACACCAAGUCGCCCGCCGCGCUGCCUUUGAGCGAGAGGCUGUCGUCUGGCAACGAUUCUGGACCGAGUAUGCGCCUCAGAUGACGAACUUGAAGGAGCUGCAGGUGCGGAUGCCCCAGUCCUUUGACCGAGUGGGUAGCUGGAGUCUGUGCGAACUUCUGAGCCCGAAGAGGGCCUGGAGGAUGUUUGGUUAUGCCGACGAGCGCGGGCAUAUGCAGACGCGGGAAGAUGUCUUACAUCACGUUGCUGCUGAUUUCAAGCUACAUACCCACGCAGUGCAAGAGAAGGUCUGGCCUUCUGGUCGAUUUGUACGACGUGACGUUGAAAGUCCAACAUCGCACCCAUCUGCAAGCAACGGAAACACUGUCCCACCCAAGACAUACAAGCUCGCGGGAGAAAAACGCGAAAGAGAGCAGCUCAAAAAGGCCAUCAAGCAAGCACGGGAGACAGCUCGCAAAGAAGAAGAACUCGAGGCCUCACUCCCCCCCGCUGAGCCAAGAUGUCCCAUGACGAGAGACCCAGCAACAGUUUCAAGGUCAGAAGACAUUGAGAGAAGGCUAACUGGAAUUUAUGGCCGCCAUAUUCGUAGUGUUGCUCAAAGAACCUGGCGUGCUAAAAUGCGAGGACACAUCGAACAGCUGCAAUAUGGUGAGUCCACAAGAGAAGGAAUUGUUAACAAUACUUAUAAAUCGGGCACCCACUCAGAAGCAAGUGAGGCUACAGCUGCCCGAAAUGUAUUGCGGGACACUCGAGAGCUUCUACAAAAACGCAUGCAGUGCUUCCGUCCAGAAGAGGUCUUCGCGCCAUGUGAUCGUAUGGAUCGCACGAACGGCUUGGAGCUUGUGAAAAAUACUACAAACUAUGCUGUCGAAGAGAGCAAACGACGGGCAGGGCCAGCGAAAGAAGACACAGGUCAGACAGGGACGUCAACGUCGAACCCUUCAUCUACGGCCGCAAUAACGGGCGCCCUUCCAAGGGGGCCACAGCAACCGCGCUCAAAUCUUAUUGAGAUCAGCUCAGAGAGCUCUGUUUCAGAAUUCACGAGUUCAGAUGAGGACGACCCUCAGUUAGUGGAGUUUACCGCUGCAGUAUCAACACAGCAAAUUACAGCAACUCAGACUGUCACAGCCCAGCAGCACUUUCAAGCCGUCUGUACGUCCCAAUCGACCCAAGCAAUACAGAAUCAACAGCAGGCCCCUACAGCGCGACAGCUGGAGCUGACUCAGCAGCUGGCUAACAAAUUGGCUGCAGGGCAAGCCCAGAAGACUCCUAGGUUUGGGAAAGAUCCGGACAAGAAACUGAACAUGGGAAAGCGAGCUUCACAUAAGACACCUGUAGACUCUUCCUUCGCACAGAAUAUGGUGAACGGAAAGGCUGCAGAAGAAACAAGAAGGUCUGGGGAGCAAGCUGGCGGAAAUCAAAGGCUCCUUGAAGAAAAGGAAGCUGCCGUUGCGAGAGCGGAGGCCGAGGAGAAGGCAAGGGUUGUUGCAGAGAUGGUUGCGGAGGCUGCUGAGCAUAAGGCUGCCGAAGAAAAGAAGAAGGCUGAGGAAGUAAAGAAGCAGAACACUGAAAUCAAGAGGCAGGCUGCCGCAGAGAAGAAGAAGGCAAAAGAGAUUGAAGCAGCUGCGAAGAAGAUGGCCGCUGACGAGAAGGCCGCGAGGAAGAUUGCUGAACAGAAAACCAAGGAAGUCGCCGAAGCUACCAAGGAGGCAGCCGUCAAAGCGCAAGAGGCCGCCGCAACAAUCAAGGCCGUCGACAACAAAGAUACUCCUGAUGUCAUUCCAACGAUUGAGAAAACCCCUCCAGCCAAGCCGGUCAAGAGGCCAACCAAGUCGCCAAAGACUCCCAAGGGUAAGUCACCAAAAACUCCGAAAGGUACAAAACGCAAAGAGGUAUCUCCCGACCCACCUGAUGGCGACUCUGUCGAUAAAUCACCACCUAUCAAGAAACCCCGUUCCAGUAGAGAACCACCCACGAAUUCUACACCUACCAGACACAGCAGUCGUAUCCGCAAACAGACACCCACAACGCAAGUUGAACUCCCUUCAGACGUGAGUGUGACUGAGAGUAGUGAAGGCGAUACCGAUGAUGAUGACAAGCCAAAGGGACGCAAGAAGGGAAAGAAGGAACCGGAAAGCGGGGGUGAAUAUGAGCCAUCGGGUAGUACAAAGAAGAAUACUCCUACGAGAGGUGCUAAGGCGGCGCGGGGAAGAGGGAACGCAGCGGGUAGGGGUGGGAAGGCAGCAGGAGCGACUAAGGCCAGGAAGAGGGCUGCAGCACAUGAGGAUGAGGAAGAAGAAGAUGGCGAGAUUGUGAAAAGAAAGCCGGUUAAGAAAAAGCCGAGGAGGGCGAAGAAGGUCGACGAGGAUUAG